AACAUGGUGGAAGGGACAAGGCAGCUCUCUGGAGCCUCUUUUAUGAGAGAACUAAUCCCAUUCAUAAGGGCUCCACCCUUAUGACCUAGUCGCCUCUCAAAAGGCCCCACCUCCUAAUGGCAUCACCUUGCGGUGACCGAGUCUCCCUGGAUCACUCAGUCUGGAGUGCAGCGUUGUGAUCAUAGCUCACUGCAGCCUUGAGUUCUUGGGCUCAAGCAAUCUUCCCACCUCCGCCUCCUCACAUUUCCAAGUUCGUUCUGUGAGACUCUAGCGUCAGGACAAAGCAACAACAAAAUGUGCUCUACUCUAAAGAAGCGUGGGACAUACAGAACUGAAGCUGCAGAAUGCCAUGACCGUGGUAGCACUUUUCAAGGAAGAAAGAAAGGUGGGAGUUCUUUCCGGGAUAAUUUUGACGGGAGGAACUGUCAUUAUGAACAUGGUGGGUAUGAGCGCCCGCCUUCACACUGCCAGGAGAAUGAUGGAAGCAUGGAGAUGAGGGAUGUCCACAAGGACCAACAACUAAGACACACUCCUUAUAGCAUCCGACGCGAAAGAGGAAUGAAAUGGCAUAGUGAAGACGAAAUCCGUUUUACCACGUGGAGAAAUACAAAACCUCCAAAGAGAAAAAUGAGGCAGAACACACAGGAUGGAUACACAAGGAACUGGUUCAAGGUCACAAUUCCUUACGGGAUAAAGUAUGACAAGGCAUGGCUAAUGAAUUCAAUCCGGAGCCAUUGCAGUGACCCCUUCACUCCGGUUGAUUUCCACUACGUCCGAAAUCGGGCAUGCUUCUUUGUCCAGGAUGCUAGUGCUGCCUCCGCAUUGAAGGAUGUCAGUUAUAAGAUUUGUGAUGACGAGAACCAAAAGAUAUGUAUAUUUGUCAAUCAUUCUACUGCGCCCUACUCUGUGAAGAAUAAGUUGAAGCCAGGCCAAAUGGAGAUGCUAAAGCUGACCAUGAACAAACGGUACAAUGUCUCCCAGCAAGCUCUUGAUCUCCAGAAUCUCCGCUUUGACCCAGACUUGAUGGGCCGUGACAUUGAUAUAAUCCUGAAUCGAAGAAACUGCAUGGCUGCCACCCUGAAGAUCAUUGAAAGAAAUUUCCCUGAGCUGUUGUCUUUGAACUUGUGCAACAACAAACUGUACCAGCUGGAUGGCCUUUCUGACAUUAUAGAGAAGGCUCCCAAAGUCAAGACCCUGAACCUCUCCAAAAAUAAGCUGGAGUCGGUGUGGGAGUUGGGCAAGGUGAAAGGGCUGAAGCUCAAAGAGCUAUGGCUAGAAGGGAACCCCUUGUGCAACACCUUCUCGGACCAGUGCGCCUAUGUAAGUGCCAUCCGGGAUUGUUUCCCCAAGUUGUUACGCCUGGACGGCCGAGAGUUAUCCGCACCAGUGGUUGUUGACAUUGACAGCUCUGAGACGAUGAAACCCUGCAAGCAAAACUUUACUGGAUCUGAGACCCUAAAGCACUUAGUCCUGCAAUUCCUGCAGCAGUAUUACUCGAUCUAUGACUCUGGAGAUCGACAGGGUCUCCUCGGUGCUUACCACAAUGAGGCCUGCUUCUCCUUGGCUAUUCCCUUCGACCCCAAGGACUCAGCCCCGAACAGCUUGUGCAAGUACUUUGAGGAUAGCAGGAAUAUGAAAGCACUCAAGGACCCCUACCUGAAGGGGGAACUGCUGAGGCGCACAAAACGUGACAUUGUGGACUCCCUCAGUGCGUUGCCCAAAACUCAUCAUGACCUCAGCUCCUUCCUGGUGGACCUGUGGUGCCAGACGGAACGGAUGCUCUGCUUUUCUGUCAAUGGGGUUUUCAAGGAAGUGGAAGGACAGUCUCAGGGUUCUGUUCUCGCCUUCACCCGGACCUUCAUUGCUACCCCUGGCAGCAGUUCCAGUCUGUGCAUCGUGAAUGACGAGCUGUUUGUGAGGGAUGCCAGCCCCCAGGAGACUCAGAGUGCCUUCUUCAUCCCAGUGUCCACACUCUCCUCCAACUCUGAGCCCUCCCUCUCCCAGGAGCAGCAGGAAAUGGUGCAGGCUUUCUCUGCCCAGUCUGGGAUGAAACUGGAGUGGUCUCAGAAACCGAGGGCAAGAUCCCCGCGGAGGCCUUCAAGCAAAUCUCCUGAGAGGAGCCCUUCGAUGUCUUCUUUGUCUUCGUUCACAUCCUCUUUGUUUCCUCUUUUCACCAGCCUAAGGCCUGGCUGACCAGGAAGCCAACGUUAACUUGCAGGCCACAUGACAUAACCAUCCAAAGAGCCAGCUGCUCUGUGUAUUUGCGCCACUCAUGAUCACCAUUUUAUUUUCAUAAUAAAGAGUGACGUUACACGUUGUA